CAUAUGUAUAAUGGUUUUCCUUACACUAUUAGCCGAUCUUAUUAUUUAACUUUUAAAACGUGCAUUCUGUUCUAUUCACCUAUUAUAAUAACUUAAAAGCACGAUAAUAAGAGACUACGGCUUAAUUAUAGAUAUUAGUAGAACUCCAGUAUUAGACCAAUAGCCCCUUAAUUGAAUUGAUAAUUUGCUUAAUUAAACCGUUUUACUUGUUUUCAGCUCUUAAGCUAUGCCAUGUUGUACCUUGAAACUGAGAACAAUUAUUAUUUUUUUAGAAACUCAGAACAAUUAAAAAUUCAAUUAAGGUAUAAAGUAAUUGAGAGCUCAGAGUGAGAAACAGACUGAAAGAUUGCAAUGACCCUCAUUUACUUCAGGAUUAUUUGCGCAUUUAACUUCUAGUUUGCAAGUUCCCGUACUGCAUCAAUAUCAGUUCGUGUAGCUUCAAUAUAAUACAAAUGUAUUUACCAUAAUCACGAAUCUAACCUCGCCUAUAGAGAAUCUCAGAACGUCCCUGUUUUAAGACAAACCCGCCAGUGAAAGUAAUUGUAGCUUCACUAAUUUAAUUGGCACCCUGGAGUGAUGGGAGUUAACGGGACAGGCUUGGCUACUAAGCCUUUACAUAGCUGAGAGGCAUAAACUGAGGAAACGUUACAGAUAAAGAUAACGUCAAGAUCGCUAAGAAUCAGGAAACACGGGGCACAACAAUAUACCUUGCUGAUGCUAGCGCAAGACAGUUAAAGAGAUUUCAAGAAAGCAAAUCGAAACUUGCGCAAAUGACCCUAAUAUAAUAGAAGCCAAUAUAAAUAAAAAGUUAUUGCAACCGGAACAGACGAUGAAGGUCUUUUGUCUCGUAGUCUUCUUUGGCAUGGUCGUUGCUUGGCCGCAGAACACGGAGUCCAGUCGGGGUCUGUUCCGUCACAGACGGGGUCUUGCUGAGCUUGCCCUGACGGUCUGGUGCUACAGGGAUCGACUUGACAUCCACCUGGGUAAACUCCACGGCUACGGCUGCUACUGCGGGACCGGUGGUUCGGGGACCCCAACUGACCCGUACGACGAGUGCUGCUUCAGACAUGACUGCUGCUACGACCAUGCGAGGGUUAAGCUCAAGUGCUACUCCGUGGUGAAGUGGAUGCCGUAUUGGUACAGGUGCGAAGGAGGGCGGACUGUGUGUACCGGGAAAAGCAUUUGCAGCCGGAUGUCUUGCGAGUGUGACAGGCAGUUCGCCGAGUGUCUGUCUCACGUUAAAUCAAACAGCAGUUAUUAUUUCUACGAUAAAAGCAGGUUGUGUCCGGGUCCCAUGAUGGACUGCCCGAAAGUGUUCCCAAGCGCGAAAGAAGUGUUUAGGAGAAUGCAUAGACCGAGAGGAAAUUUAACCCAAUAAAACAAACACCUCUGGCACUGUGAGUUUGGAGGAAUUCGUAUUCGUCAAGUACAUUUUUAAAAAGGUACUUGAAUAAUUAUUCAACCGUGCACCAAGAUAAGUGACAGUCUUUUGUUCUUAAAAAAAAAAAACUGACAGUAUAAUAAACUAAAAUGAAAAGACUAACAUUAGUAGAUAACUGGUUACCUAUUUUUUGUGAUAACAUAUUGUGAAAGUUUCAAUUUGUGGUUAUUGUAUAUUAUGAUGCAAUGGAAGCUGUCUGCUGUGCAUGUACAAUGGAAAGCGGACGCUAUUUCAUAUCUAAGCCACAUGAAAUAUUGCUUAUAGUGAUUUCCCGAGGAAACUGGGGGUGAAGAUUGUUUUAUACAUUCUGACACAUCUCACAGUAUUAUCUGUUUUAUUUGUCUGCAAGAAAAUAUUCUUAAAAAUAAAAAUAUAAAAAGACAAUCUUGUCUGAAUGAAAACCCAAUUUUUAGCCGAAAGUUUUUUCCUUUCUUGAUUUAUAUUUAGGAAAAUACACCCGCUUUCAUCCAAUCUUUUAAUAACAAAAUUAUAAGCGAUUUAAAAAAAAAAAAAAAAAAAAAAGACAGGUGUGUUUUUGGUAACUACCGGUAGUUAGCAAAACAAUUAAAUUCCUUUAGCGCCAUUUCACGCAAUUCACACUCACUUU